AUGUCCAUCCAAACAAUCAACCAGAACAAGGAUUUGAAAGGGCUCUCGCUCAUAGCAGCACACUCACACAUCUCAGGUUUAGGUCUUGAUGAUAAUUUACAACCAAGAGAUCAAUCAAGUCAAGGUAUGGUUGGUCAAUUCAAGGCAAGAAAAGCUGCUGGUGUGAUUUUGAAAAUGGUGGAAAAUGGUACCAUUGCAGGUCGUGCUGUUUUGGUUGCUGGUCCUCCUUCCACAGGUAAAACUGCUAUUGCUAUGGGUCUUUCACAAUCAUUAGGUAAAGAUGUUCCAUUUACUGCAAUUGCAGGUUCAGAAAUUUUCUCAUUAGAAUUAAGUAAAACUGAAGCUUUAACCCAGGCUUUUAGAAAAUCUAUUGGUGUUAAAAUUAAAGAAGAAACUGAAUUGAUUGAAGGUGAAGUUGUUGAAAUUCAAAUUGAUAGAUCUAUAACUGGUGGUCAUAAACAAGGUAAAUUAACAAUUAAAACUACAGAUAUGGAAACUAUUUAUGAAUUAGGUAAUAAGAUGAUUGAUGGAUUAACUUCUGAAAAAGUUUUAGCUGGUGAUGUUAUUUCUAUUGAUAAAUCUUCAGGUAAAAUCACUAAAUUGGGGAGAUCUUUUACAAGAUCAAGAGAUUAUGAUGCAAUGGGUCCUGAUACAAAAUUUGUUCAAUGUCCUGAAGGUGAAUUACAAUCACGUAAAACCGUUGUUCAUACAGUUUCAUUACAUGAAAUUGAUGUUAUAAAUUCAAGAUCUCAAGGAUUUUUAGCUUUAUUUAGUGGUGAUACAGGUGAAAUUAGAUCUGAAGUUAGAGAUCAAAUUAAUACAAAAGUUGCAGAAUGGAAAGAAGAAGGUAAAGCUGAAAUUGUUCCAGGUGUAUUAUUCAUUGAUGAAGUCCAUAUGUUGGAUAUAGAAUCUUUUUCAUUUAUUAAUAGAGCUUUAGAAGAUGAAUUUUCUCCAAUUGUUAUAAUGGCAACUAAUAGAGGUGUUACAAAGACCAGAGGUACAAACUAUAAAUCUCCUCAUGGUUUACCAUUAGAUUUAUUAGAUAGAUCGAUUAUUAUUCAAACUUCAAAUUAUAAUGAAUCAGAAAUUAAACAAAUUUUAUCAAUUAGAGCUCAAGAAGAAGAAGUUGAAUUACAAUCUGAUGCAUUAAAUCUUUUAACUAAAAUUGGCCAAGAAACAAGUUUACGUUAUGCAUCAAAUUUAAUCUCAGUUUCAAAUCAAUUAGCUUUGAAAAGAAGAAGUGAAGUUGUGGAAUUACAAGAUAUUAAUAGAAGUUAUAUAUUAUUUUUAGAUUCUGCAAGAUCUGUUUCAUAUUUACAAGAAUUUUCUGAUCAAUAUAUUGAUGAUUCUGGUAAUGUUAACAUUGGUGGUCAAAAAUCACAAACUGAAACUCAACAAUCACAACAACCACAAGAAGCAACCACUACAAAUAAUGGUGAUGCUAUGGACACCAGUAAUUAG